CUCAAAUACACGCACAUGAAAUGGAAAUGGAAUGGAUAUGAUCUAGAUCUAUCAUCAUACACUGCAAGCUACAGUAUAAAACGAUGCACAUUUUCUUCUGGCUUCGCUGCUGUUCAUGCUCCAACUCCAAACACGAACUUAAGUCUCAGAUUGGACUCCACUUGUGGUUGGAAAAGGUUAAGGCAUCUCCUGGUUCGUACCAGGCAACUACAGCAUCAUACUAAAGAAGAUCAUCUUUUUGAUAUGGAUAACACAAAGUCAGAAGACAUAAUUGCAGGCAUUAAAAAGAAUCCAACAAGUCAAACGGAUACAAGCUGUCAGACAGCAGACAAUGGGAAAGAAUAUUAUAUCUUACAAGACUCAUUACAAGAAAGUAGACAUUUAUGCAGUAUACCUUCAAGACAAACUCUGCUCGGAAAAUUGGAACAUUAUCUUCACAAAGCCGCCAUUAGUAGAAUAGCACUCCUGCCUACUGUACAUGCCUCAUCAUUACAGAGUACAGACAGUACCAAAGAUGGGGCCAUACAUGAUGAUAUACCAAGACAGGAUGCAGCUAGUUCUGUCCCCAUAACAAAAGAAGAUAACGAUGCUGCUAGUGGUUGGCUAAGACUGAAGGAGGCAUACUUUGUCAAUAAAGAUGAUGGCUUAUCUCGUGAGCUAUAUGAAAUGGUCAUGAUGUUUGUACUAGGUGGUAUGUUAGGAUUUGUAUAUGGUGGCUUUCCAGCUUCAAGGUUUGCAAGGCAGAGAUACAUUCAUAAUAGUCAAGCAUCAGUUUACCACAGCCGACUUGAAGCUACAGGAUCAUCUUAUAAUGCUGCAUCUCGUGGGAUGAUACGCUAUGGAUUCAGAUGGGGAUGGAGAACAGCCAUAUUGGCCGGUUGUUAUCAUGGUAUAAGCACAUCGCUUGCAGUGUACAGAGACAGACAGGAUAUGAUCUGUUACACAGUUGCUGGAGUGAGUACAGGUGUAUUGUAUAGAAUCAACCUAGGUCUACGUGGCAUGGUUGGUGGUGCAUUUGUAGGUGGUUUGCUUGGUAUACCAUGUGGUGCACUUUUGCUUGGAUUCCAACAUGUUAUGGGAGAGACAUUCAUAGAAAAACAUAGAAGAAUAAGGGCAGAACAACAAGCUGAAAAGUUGCAAGAACGCACUCUUCGAAUGUCCAUCACUCCUAGAAUGAUGGAAAUCAUGGAGGAAUCUAUUCAGAAAAGUGAGCAACUAUUACAAGAGAAGAAGCAAGUGGAGCUUACAUCAACAUCAUCUCCAUCUACAUAGUAUAUAAUUAUCAAGGAUUAUUUUUUUGUAAUUUAUAUAGCAUCUGUUGUGCCUUCUCCAGUGCUGUAAAAAUCACAGACUUCAUUGAAUUACAGAUUUUAUUUGCAUUAAAUGCAAACCCAGUAUGAAAAAAAUCAAUUUUAGUCAUGACUCUCCAGAAAUUAUGCUACUUUUAUUCAAUUCAAAUGCAUUCUGUAAUUAAAUUCAUGAUUUCUACAGUUUAACCAAAGAAAAAAAGAAAAUAGACUGAUUGGUGUACUAGCAUGAUAAGGUCAAUCCCAAUCAGUCUACAUUGAACUUACUGUCUAUUUUAAAGUCAUUUUAUUCCUGUUCCAUCUACAUAUCCUAAGCCCAGCCAAUAUCCAAGUAUAAUUAUUAGUGCUCAGUAUAGAACACAAUGGUUUCCAACCAUUUCCAUAGACACCCAUUUGAUUUUAUCAGAAACAAUGCACCACAAAAUAGAUGAAAAAUAUGAACUGUUUUAGGUAUAAUGACCCCCAGUUCAGGGUUUUGUGAGGCAUACCCCCAUCAAAAUAUAAUUUGAGUGCACCCCCCCCCCCCCCCCGGGAGCUUGGCACCAUCAUGGUGUACAAGGCAAACUUGUAAACAAAUAUGAUGGCGUACAUUGAACGGGAAUGAUAUGGUAGUAUUUUAGGCCGAUGGAUUAAAGACAGAGCAACAAAUCUUGCUGUCAAAUCGUUUUAUUUCUAAUAGUUCAAUUGUGUUUUUUGAAAGUUACAAAUUAAAGGGGAAUAUAGCCUUGGUAAUAAAU